AUGCGUUUACCGCGUCGGACGCCGUAUUAUGCAGCGGCUACCGAUGAGCUCACCUAUGUGCAUAGCCAUUUGUACGGCGACAGAUCGGACGCAAAAGGCGUAGACGCGGCGCUGGGCGUCGUGCGGUUGUGGAUGCAUCGUGGUGCAUGCCCUCAAGCUGUGGAAUCCACGGCCCUGCUCGUCGAAAGCAUUCGACUGGAUCAAGCGCACGCACCCACCUAUGGUGUGCGUGCUACGUAUGCCAUGGCUCUUACGCGCUUUGUGAAUAGUGUUGCGGACUCGUUCCAGACAGGCAUGUAUGCGCAAAGCAUCGGUGCCAUUGCCGAACGGAUCGGCCUGCCUCAAUGGCUUGUGCAAGUGCGUCACUCUGCGACCCAUGAAGAGCUUCCUAGUUUGGAAGUAUGCCGCGAUGCUAGUGCCAUUGCGCUAGGAUGGCUGGAUCAGCAUUACUGGCAACCGACAUUGCAUACCUCCUUGGAGACCGACGGCGAUGGCGGCACACACGACGGUGCGACAGCCGACGAGGCAGAGCAGGCAUGGCACACGGCUGCCUGCGAUCGCGCUGCGCAGCUGCUGCUCACAUAUCGAAACUGCGCACAGGCUGUACGUCGCGAUGUCAGCUUAGCACAGCGAUCGUCACCACCUCAUGAAAAGGCCUUGGCGGACGUGGUGGCCUGGCUGCACGACGAGGCGGGACGCUAUGCCCAACUUGCCGUGCGAUUUGAUACAGCGGAACGUUUGAGUGUAGGAGCGAUGCAUGCCGAUCUGGAAGAGGCAGAAGACGACAUGCCAGCGGCUGUGCUGCCUGUCGUGACCUUGUUGAUUACACAGCUACUCGUGCCAGGGGCGCUGUUUCCGGCCGAUACCAAGAAACGCCAAUCCGUCGGGUCUGUAUCGCUGGACGACUGGGCACCGCUUUGGGACGCCCUGCUGGAUCGCCUACAAGCAGAAGUGCCUUUCUUUUUUCCCAUGUUGGUGGAUGCGCUCAUAGCAUCGCCUACCUACCAGUCUGUCGCCCAUGCAUGGGUAGCAUGGUUGGCCGCACGCGAAAUGACUGUCCCACUCGGUGUCCCGCGAUGGCGCGAGGGCGAAGACACGGUCCUGACAACUUUUUCGUCCCGGGGCGCCCAACGUGUCCCCCUACGUCGGCUCGUAGUCCAGUAUGCAUUGGAAGCCGACAGCGAAGAUUGGCAUGUCCUAGCCCAAUCACUCAGCGCGAGCGACCCCGUUUUAAAAGAGCGCGUUGCCCAACUGUGUGCUCUGCGCCACGUGGACGAGGUGACGACUAUGGCCCCAGACGCCUGUUUGGCCGAGAUGGAGGCGCGUGCGUCCACGUCGUCGCAGCCGUCGCUGCCCGUGGUGACGGCCAUGGCCACAGAAAAGGAGGAGGAGGAGGCGGCGGCGCCGGGCGGAUGGCAUCGUGCGUCGGCGUACGUGCCCACGCCUAUCGGGUGCUUGGCCGGCGAGCGGCCCAGCUUACUAUGCUAA